CGGAGGCGCCGAGGCAAGAUGGCGCCUGCGGUCGCUGCGAGCGGGGACCGGGGGCUGAAGAGCCUGGUGUGGCAGAAACUGAAGACAUCAGUGUUUGAUGACUGUUGGAAAGAAGAAGAAUGGAAGAUAAUUCUUCUUGAUGACUUUACCACGAAGCUUCUGUCGUCAUGUGGUAAAAUGACAGACUUACUAGCAGAGGGAAUUACUGUUGUGGAGAAUGUUUACAAGAAUCGUGAACCAGUCCCACACAUGAAAGCCAUUUAUUUCAUCACACCUACAGUAAAGUCUGUAGAGGGGCUUAUAAAUGACUUUGCAAGUAAAUCAUCCAGCAAGUACAAAGCAGCCUAUGUUUACUUCACCGACUUUUGUGAUGACAAACUUUUCAAUAGAAUGAAGUCAUCUUGUUCAAAGGCUAUAAGACGGUGCAAAGAAAUAAAUAUAAACUUUCUCCCCUAUGAAUCACAGGUAUUUACUCUUGAUGUCCCAAAUGCAUUCUAUCACUGUUACAGUCCCAACACAGAGAAGACAAAUGAUGCCAUACUGGAGCAAAUGGCUGAACAAAUUGUUACCUUAUGUGCUACUCUAGAGGAAAAUCCAGGUGUAAGGUACAAAAGUAAGCCUUUGGACAAUGCCAGCAAACUAGCACAGCUAGUUGAAAAAAAGCUUGAAAACUUUUAUAAAAUUGAUGAACGCAGCCAAAUAAAGGGCAAAACCCAUUCCCAGCUGUUAAUAAUCGAUCGUGGAUUUGACCCUGUGUCAACUGUGCUUCAUGAACUCACUUUUCAGGCAAUGGCUUAUGAUCUGCUACCAAUUGAAAAUGAUACAUACAAAUAUAAAACCGAAGGUGCAAGUGGGAAAGAAAGGGAAGCAAUUCUGGAAGAAGAUGAUGACCUCUGGGUGAAAAUCCGGCAUAAGCACAUUGCAGAUGUUUUGGAGGAAAUACCAAAGCUUAUGAAAGAAGUUUCUUCAAAAAGGAAGGCAACAGAAGGGAAACUAUCUUUAAGCAAUCUGGCUCAGCUUAUGAAAAAGAUGCCGUAUUUUCGUAAACAGAUUACUAAGCAAGUGGUCCAUCUUAACUUAGCUGAAGAUUGUAUGAAUAAGUUCAAGAGUAAUAUAGAGAAGCUGUGCAAAGUUGAACAAGAUUUGGCUCUUGGAACAGAUGUAGAGGGGCAAAAAGUGAAAGACUCGAUGAGAGUCCUCCUUCCGGUAUUGCUCAAUAAAAAUCAUGAUAACUAUGAUAAGAUAAGAGCCAUCCUCCUCUAUAUCUUCAGCACAAAUGGAACUACGCAAGAAAACUUGGACAAGCUGAUCCAGAAUGUACAGAUAGAAAAUGAUAGUGACAUGAUAAAAAACUGGAAGUACCUUGGUGUUCCUAUCGUUACCACACCUGCAUCCCAACAGCGUCGAUCAUCAAGGAAGGAUCGGUCUUCAGAAGAAACAUUUCAGCUUUCUAGAUGGACUCCUGUUAUUAAGGACAUUAUGGAGGAUGCAAUAGAAAAUAAACUAGAUUCAAAAGAGUGGCCUUAUUGUUCUCAGUGCCCUGUACCCUGGAAUGGUUCUGGAGCAGUGAGUGCUCGACAUAAGCCCAAAACGAAUUACUCGGAGGAUCGGAAGAGUGGUUCAAAGCUCAUUGUGUUUGUCAUUGGAGGCAUUACAUAUUCAGAAAUGCGCUGUGCAUAUGAAGUUUCUCAAGCCUUCAAGUCUUGUGAAGUUGUUAUUGGUUCCACUCACAUUAUGACACCUAGAAGACUACUGGAUGACAUAAAGGCACUUACUGUGACAAAAUCAAAGGAUAUGGUCUACUUUAAGGAUGAAUAGGGAUUUAUAAUGUUCAAAGAAUUUCAAUCAUGUUUAACUUAAUUAUAAGCACAAUCUAGCCAUGUUCCCAUUGCUUUCAAUGGAAGUAACU